UCAGAUGCUUCUGGGUCGCGGUGGGAAAAACGCUGCGAUCCCAGUGAGUGAGCUUGGCAGCCCAGCGCUAGAGCGACUCGGCGAGGGAUGGCGGCCACGGGCAAACUACUAAUCCUGUUCCUGCUCGGACUCACGGCGCCUGCUGCGGCGCUGGCGGGCUACAUAGAGGCUCUUGCAGCCAAUGCUGGAACAGGAUUUGCUGUUGCUGAGCCUCAAAUUGCAAUGCUUUGUGGAAAGUUAAAUAUGCAUGUGAACAUUCAGACUGGGAAAUGGGAACCUGACCCAACAGGCACCAAGAGCUGUUUUGGGACAAAAGAAGAAGUUCUUCAAUACUGUCAGGAGAUGUAUCCAGGUCUACAGAUCACAAAUGUGAUGGAAGCAAACCAGCCAGUCAAUAUUGACAGUUGGUGCCGAAGGGACAAAAAACAAUGCAAGAGUCACAUUGUUAUACCUUUCAAGUGUCUUGUGGGGGAAUUUGUAAGUGAUGUUCUUCUAGUUCCAGAAAAAUGUCAGUUUUUCCACAAAGAGAGGAUGGAUGUGUGCGAGAAUCACCAACACUGGCACAUUGUAGUCAAAGAGGCAUGUCUGACUCAGGGAAUGACCUUAUAUAGCUACGGCAUGCUGCUACCCUGUGGAGUAGACCAGUUCCAUGGCACUGAAUAUGUGUGCUGCCCUCAGACAAAGAUUAUUGAUUCUGUUGACUCUACUGUGUCUAAAGAAGAGGAGGAAGAGGAGGAAGAGGAUGAUGAAGAGGAAGACUAUGAUAAUUAUAAAAGUGAAUUUCCUACUGAAACAGAUUUGGAAGACUUCACAGAAGCAACUGUAGACGGUGAUGAUGAUGAUGAUGAUGAUGACGACGACGACGAUGACAAUGAUGAUGAAGGGGAGGAGGUGGUGGAAGACCGCGAUUAUUACUAUGACACUUUUAAAGGAGAUGACUACAAUGAGGAGAACCCAACUGAACCCAGCAGCGAGGGCAGUAUUUCAGAUAAGGAAAUUGCUCACGAUGUUAAAGCUGUCUGCUCCCAGGAGGCGAUGACGGGGCCCUGCCGGGCUGUGAUGCCUCGUUGGUACUUCGACCUCUCCAAGGGAAAGUGCGUGCGCUUUAUAUAUGGCGGCUGCGGCGGCAACAGGAACAAUUUUGAGUCUGAGGAUUAUUGUAUGGCUGUGUGUAAAGCGAUGAUUCCCCCAACUCCUCUGCCAACCAAUGAUGUUGAUGUGUAUUUCGAGACUUCAGCAGAUGAUAACGAGCAUGCUCGCUUCCAGAAGGCUAAGGAACAGCUGGAAAUUCGGCACCGCAACCGAAUGGACAGGGUAAAGAAGGAAUGGGAAGAGGCAGAGCUUCAAGCUAAGAACCUCCCCAAAGCAGAGAGACAGACCCUUAUUCAGCAUUUCCAGGCUAUGGUUAAAGCUUUGGAGAAGGAAGCAGCCAGUGAGAAGCAGCAGCUCGUAGAAACUCACUUGGCUCGAGUGGAAGCCAUGCUGAAUGACCGCCGACGGAUGGCUCUGGAGAAUUACCUAGCUGCCCUGCAGUCUGACCCACCUCGGCCCCAUCGAAUUCUCCAAGCCUUGCGUCGUUAUGUCCGUGCUGAGAAUAAAGAUCGCCUACAUACCAUUCGUCAUUACCAACAUGUGUUGGCUGUUGAUCCAGAAAAAGCAGCACAGAUGAAAUCCCAGGUGAUGACACAUCUUCAUGUAAUUGAAGAAAGAAGGAAUCAAAGCCUCUCUCUGCUCUACAAAGUUCCUUUCGUAGCCCAAGAAAUUCAAGAGGAAAUUGAUGAGCUCCUUCAGGAACAGCGAGCAGACAUGGACCAGUUCACUGCCUCUAUCUCAGAGAGCCCAGUGGAUGUCCGGGUGAGCUCUGAGGAGAGUGAGGAGAUCCUGCCGUUCCAUCCUUUCCAUCCCUUCCUGCCCUUACCUGAGAAUGAAGACACUCAGCCGGAAUUGUACCACCCAAUGAAAAAAGGGUCUGGAGUGAGCGAGCAAGAUGGAGGACUGAUUGGUGCAGAAGAGAAAGUGAUUAACAGUAAGAAUAAAGUGGAUGAAAAUAUGGUCAUUGAUGAGACUCUGGAUGUUAAGGAAAUGAUCUUCAAUGCUGAGAGAGUUGGAAGUCUUGAUGAGCCGGAAUCUGUGGGACCUCUGAGGGAGAACUUCAGUCUGAGCAGCAGUGCCCUUAUUGGCCUGCUGGUCAUUGCAGUGGCCAUUGCCACAGUCAUCGUUGUCAGCCUGGUGAUGCUGAGGAAGAGGCAGUAUGGCACUAUCAGCCAUGGGGUUGUGGAGGUUGACCCAAUGCUCACCCCAGAAGAGCGUCACUUGAACAAGAUGCAGAGCCAUGGCUAUGAAAAUCCGACGUACAAGUAUCUGGAGCAGAUGCAGGUCUAAGUGCAGAAAGCAUGCGCACCCUGGCCGCAGCAGUGGCGCAUCUUGGACCAACUGCUGACCACUAGUUGCCACUGGAAGGUCUCAUCUUAUGUCCUGACCUCCUGGGUCAUUAAGACUAUAAAGUACUACUGUAGGAUUGCAAUUUCCAUUCUUUUAAAUGGGUGAAAAAUGUUAAUAUAACAAUAUAUGAUAUAUAAACCUUAAAUGAAAAAAAAUGAUCUAUUGCACAUAUCUGAUGGAUGUAGUUUUCUUUUUUAAAUUAAUCAGAAAUCUCACUUCUAUUAUAUUGUCUCACACAUACCUGCUCUAUAUAAAUGGAAAAUGUUGAUUUUUUAAUGGAAGACUGUGUAUGCAGGCUGUUUGCUCCGGUUACAUUGUGUAAGUCAACUCUGUAGGCUCAUUCACUGUCCUGGUUUUUAUUACAAAAAGAAAAAAAAAAAGCAGUAUUCCCUUUUGAAACAUUGAGAAAGUUGCUGAGAAACUAAGUGAAGUAGGGAACAGUAAUUGAUAUGGAAGAAAUUAUUCUAAAGGACCAGCUUUGUGGAAGUGUCCUGCGUUUCCAGUGCUGGGUACCUUGGUGUCUUGUACAAGCCCUUUCGCAAGGGGAUCAAGGCAUUUUUGUUCCCGCAUUUUCCAUAGAGCCGAAUGCGUAUAGAUGAGGGUGUCCACUGCUGCUUUCCUUCUAAAUCCAGUUCUUCCACAACUAGCCUGUAGUUUGUAUAUGGCAUUCUUCCACUGUGUUGUUUACUUACUGUAGCUUCUUACUCACUUCCCCUUCGAAAAUAUGUCCAAAUGUGCAGUCUCUUCCUCUUAGGACAUCUCCCUCCAAGGCACUGACUCUCAGCUGUCGCUUUGUACCUUCACUUCUAUCCCCUCUCCUCUCACCAGCCUCUUUGCCGUUCACUCCGAGAAGGCCACAAUAGUAGGGCCCAGGUGAGCCUGGGGAGGCUUGUUGAUAUAGAAGGAAAAUGUUUGUGGUUAUACCCAAAAUUGGAUCUGUAGACCCUGUGGGAAGCUUUGAAGAUUUUUGGUUCCUUCACACAAGUCUUUGUAAUGCUUGUAUCAUUGAUGUUGAUGCUCACAGCUUUUUGGUUUUUUUUUUUUUUUUCCCCCUUUAAUCUGAAGGUUCUGGUAACCUUGGUAUAUUUUUUUCUAUGACUUUUGUUGUUGUUGUUGUUUUCCUUCUUCCUCUCCUUUGGCCCUAUCUAUGUCUUGUCCCACUAUGCACAGGUUGAACUUCACCUACAGACUCCUUAAUAUGAUCUGUGGAGAAUGUACAGAGUUUAAACACAUUAAUAAAUACUUUAUCUUCCACCGACAUGUGUUGUUUAAUUG